AUCCCGUUCCUUCCAUUGGCGAAAAAUUUCCAGAACAAUCACCCAUCAACGCCAAAGCAACACCCCUUCUCCAACCUACACAAACCCACAAGCGACAAAGAUGCAUCUCAUGUACCUUCCCACCGCUGACGGCUCCGGCCGUCGGUAUACUCUAAAGAAGGUCAUGGACGGGCAGGUGACCAAGUCAGCGCACCCGGCGCGCUUCUCACCCGACGACAAAUGGUCACGACACCGGCUGGCGAUCCGCAAGCGGUUUGCUGUACUGCUGGAGCAGGCGAAGACAAAAUGAGACACCAGCACGAUUCACUAGCCGAGGCACCCUAGAACUAGCAAAACCCCGAAGAUGAAGCGAUGUGGUCCGCUUAUCGAAAGGCAGUCGCACCUAUCAUGAUCGAGAUCCGCGCACCCACGGGACGAUCGAUUGUUGGAUAUAGUCACCUAACAUUCGAUGCGAAUGGUGUGAGCAGGGCAGUGG